AAAUGUACGCUCCUGCAUGUGUUAUGUCAAUAUUUAUUGCUGCAGAAGCCCUACCUCCCCAACCCACGCCAGCACUCCCACCCCAACCGCCAGCCCCACAACCACAGCCGGCUCCUCAUCAACCAAGGCAACGGAGGCGUGCUAGGCCACCAAUUUUCCGAACCCGUGUCCUACUUUUUGGUAUGCCAGAUGAUGUGGUGGUGCGUAGAUACAGGCUGCCACCACAUCUAAUCCUAGACACUCUCUCCAUAAUAGAGAGUGAUCUGGAGUCUGAAAUUCGGUAUCCUACAGCAAUACCACCAUUGACACAAUUCCUUGCAGUGUUACAUUUUUUGGCUACAGCCUCAUAUCAGCAUGUUGUGGGAGACCUGGUUGGCAUGUCGCAGGGCCAGUUCAGUAAGGUCCUGCGGCGUGUCUGCCAGGCUUUCCUAAAGCGGGUGAAGCAAUUCAUUGAUAUGCCUUUGGAUGUUGGUGCCCUAGAUGUGGUGAAGCGGCAAUUUGAGGAAGGUGGUAGUCGCUUCCCACAUGUUAUUGGGGUUGUGGAUGGCACACAUGUUGCUAUUCAGCCACCAAGACAUAAUGAAGAAAUUUAUAGAAACAGGAAACUGUUUCAUUCUCUGAAUGUAAUGGUUGUUUGUGGGCCAUCCCUCCAGAUCCUUUCCCUGAAUGCAAAAUUUACUGGAAGUUCACAUGAUGCAUAUGUCAUUAGACAAUCAGGGAUAUGGCAGAGAUUAAGAUCAAGUCAACGAGCAGACAUGUGGUUAUUGGGAGACCGUGGAUAUCCUUGCACCCCCUGGCUCAUGACUCCUUACCGUAAUCCCAGGCCAGGACCACAGAUGGCAUUUAACUCCGCGCUUACUGCCACUAGGCAGCUGGUGGAGCGCACAAUUGGUGUCCUUAAAGGGCGGUUUCGUGUGCUCCACCGCACUGGUGGCGACAUCAUGUAUUCGCCGGAGAUGGCAAGUAAAAUAGUGGUCCUGUGCGCAAUACUACAUAAUAUCGCGGUAAGGAGUAGUGUAGAGCUUCCUCAGGCAGAGGAAUUGCCUGAUGAGGAGCCAGGGGUUGGUCGACGCUUCGGUGGGGGGAGUGUGACACGGAGGGGGAGCCAAGUGAGGGCAAGAAUUGUUGCCGAAUAUUUCAGCUGAAUGAUCACACGAACUGUGGACAACAACGGCACAACUCUCCGCCCCCUUCCCCUUCCCACUCCCACUCCCCU